CGUGAGAUAACAUUGCUCAAAAAGCAAGAAGAAGAACUAUUCGAGAAACUUGGAAAAAUUUGGUCAGAAAGAUAUUAAAAAGGAAUUAAAUUCGAACAAAUGUCACGAAAAAUGCCCAAAUUCUACAAGCUGGAUAUUAAUCGCACUGAAUGGGAGAUACCGGAAACCUACCAGAACCUCCAGGCCGUCGGGCAAGGCGCCUAUGGUCAAGUAUGCAAAGCUCUAGUGCAAAACACCAACACAAAAGUGGCGAUUAAAAAAUUGGCCAGGCCGUUUCAAUCUGCUGUUCAUGCUAAACGAACAUAUCGUGAACUGCGGCUGCUUAAGCAUAUGGAUCAUGAGAACGUCAUCGGCCUACUGGAUGUAUUUCAUCCUGGCCAACCAGCAGAUUCGCUGGAACAAUUUCAACAAGUGUACAUGGUGACGCAUCUCAUGGACGCGGAUCUUAAUAACAUUAUAAGAACGCAAAAGCUAUCGGAUGAUCAUGUCCAGUUUUUGGUCUACCAGAUACUGCGUGGCCUUAAAUAUAUUCAUAGCGCUGGUGUGAUCCAUCGGGAUCUCAAGCCGUCAAAUAUCGCUGUAAACGAGGAUUGUGAGCUCCGCAUUUUGGAUUUCGGUCUGGCACGACCAGCCGAGAGUGAGAUGACGGGCUAUGUGGCCACACGUUGGUAUCGGGCACCCGAAAUUAUGCUCAACUGGAUGCACUACAACCAGACUGUAGACAUAUGGUCUGUUGGCUGCAUUAUGGCAGAAUUGUUGACAGGAAGGACUCUGUUUCCAGGCACCGAUCACAUUCACCAAUUGAACCUUAUUAUGGAGGUUUUGGGUACCCCGGCCGAAGAGUUUAUGAACCGCAUUUCAUCGGAUAGCGCACGUUCAUAUAUUCGCUCAUUGCCCGUUAUGCCGCGUCGUCAUUUCCGUGAUGUCUUCCGUGGUGCCAAUCCCUUGGCAAUUGAUUUGCUUGAAAAAAUGCUCGAGCUGGAUGCAGAUCGUCGCAUUACAGCGGAACAGGCUCUAGCCCAUCCUUAUAUGGAGAAAUAUCACGAUCCAACCGAUGAGCAAACAUCGGCCCUCUACGAUCAGAGUUUCGAGGAGAACGAGCUGCCGGUGGAGAAGUGGAAGGAUCUGGUAUUUACCGAAGUUCAAAGCUUUAAGCCGCCACAAGCCUUUGCCGAGCUACUGCAGCAAGAUGCGCAGCAAAAAUAGAUUCAUUAAGUCGUCUAAACAAAACAAAAAGUCAUUGUAAAUUUAGUCCAGAUUCUUUUUGUGGAACCUAAGUUUAUACAUAUUUGUGUGUGUGAAAUCGUGAUUUACUGCGCAAUCUUUUUAUCCAUAUAUAAUAUUAUUGCCAAUUUAAAGACAAUCAAAGUGUUUAAAUUAAACUUUCAUUUUUAUCAGGGAUUUUUAUAAUAUUCUAUGGCAAAACAGUUUACUUUUCUUUCAAUGAAAUUAUUUAUCUAAAUUGCGAAUAACACUUUAAAGGCAAUUUUCAUGAACUACUGAUGAAAUUAAUAUUUUCUACCUUUUUUAUGUAAGGUUCAUGAAAAUCUCUUAAUAAAUUUCUAAUUCGCAGUUUGAAAACUACAGUAUGAAGCCUAUGAAAUCACGUUGGAAAAUUUUUAUGUAUAAACCUAUGUUCCAAUAAUUCUAAUUCUAAAAGUCACAGAGCCUUAAUGUCCAGUUCAACUACUUACUACAAACUUUAUAUUUUUGUCGUACAUUUUUUUUGUUGGUUUUGGUUUUAAAGUCUUGUAAAUGUGUUUUUUGUGUAAAUACAUAGGAUCUUAGAGGAUAAGUGUAUGGCCAGUAAUUCUUAAAGAAAAGAAAUUCACAAAUGGAGAAAAGAUCACAAGAUGUUCACAUUUUGAAUCCAACAAAUAAAUGUGUUAUGUAUUUUAAA